AUGGCCUUUAAGCAUCGUUUCGAAGCAGACGCUGUUUCGGCGAUGAACUCACUCAGGGCCCUGAGGCUCAACUCAAGACUGGUCAGGAGCAGCAUUCUGGUGCUGGUAUUGGUGUCCGUCGUGCUAUUCGUUUCCUCCAGUCCACAGCCCGCUGUUGGUAGCGAUGGAAAGGCUUCAGGCUAUAGCCAAGCCGUGAAGAGCUCGAUUUCUCAGCUUUUCGACAAGCCCAAUCCGUAUGAGACCAAGGUCACAGAAGCACGUCUCGCUAGACAAUUCCCUUUCGACAAGACACCGCGCCCUAUUGAAAAGAACAUCUGGCAGAUGUGGAAGGUCAAGCCCUCGGAUCCAGACUUUCCUCAGAAGGACUUUGUGAACCAAUGGAAAAACGACAACCCCACAUACAACUACAACUUCUUGACUGAUGAUGAGAUUCUGGCCCAUCUGAGGCUUCAGUUGAAGGACACAGUGCCCGAGGUGCUUGAGGCAUUUGAGAUGCUGCCCACCAAGAUCCUGAAAUCCGAUUUUUCGCGUUAUCUGAUGGUUUAUUUGAACGGAGGCCUGUACUCCGAUGCAGACACACAGCUCUACAAGCCCGUGGAUCAAUGGUUUGAUUCCAACAAGAACGUUGGCUUUGUGGUGGGAAUCGAAGAGGAUAUAAAUGCUGAAAACUGGGAGAAUUACAUGACUCGGAGAAUCCAGUUUGAGCAAUGGACCCUGAAGGCCAAGGCCAGACACCCUCUUUUGCGCAAGCUGAUCGCGCGGAUCACCAAGGUGACCUUUGACGCUCAGAAGCGCGGCCAUCUGGUGGCCUAUUACAAGGACUUCAAGGGCGUGGACAAGUGCAAGUCCGUGAACAUCAUGGAAUGGACUGGUCCUGUCAUUUGGACCGACACUAUCUACGACUACCUGAACUCUCUGACGAACCCCACAGUGGUUGAAAUUGAUCCUGAGCGCACAUACAAGCCCGAGGAUGAAUUAUAUGGACCUGAGAUUGGACCUGGCGAAAAUUUCAAUUGGAAGUUUUUUGCGGGAGUGAAGGCUCCUAUCAUGAUAGAUGAUGUGGUGAUCUACCCUCGACUUUCGUUCAGAGACGACAUUUCUAACAACUGCGGCAAGUACUGUUACGUUUUCCACUGGUUCGGAGGUUCUUGGAAGAACAACGGUAAGGGCGAGGUAAAGCCUGGUGACGAGAAGAAGGAGGAGAACAAGAAGGACGACGAGAAGAAGGAGAAGCGUGAUGAGGGCUGUCUUGGCAGUUACUAA